AUGUCUUCCCGCCGAGUGCAUGUUUGUAUCGUGGGUGCUGGUAUUGGGGGCCUGGCAGCGGCCAUUGCCAUGCGUCGCGCCGGGGCCGACGUAACGAUUGGCGCCGGGAUCCAGAUGACACCCAAUGCCUCGGUGCUGCUGCAACGAUGGGGUGUCGACAAGGUGAUCGGGGAGAACCUCGUGCAAUUCGAGGAGCUGAACAUGCGACGCAAAAACGGUACCCCUGUCGGAUACACCAAGAUCUCCGCGGUGGAGAGGGACUUGGGACGACCGUGGUGGCUGGUCCAUCGUGCACAUCUCCAUGAGGGCCUGGCGAAGGUGGCCCAGCAGCUGGGUGCUGUUAUUCAAAUCAACUCGCGCGUCGAGCAGAUUGACCAUCAAGCGAAUCAAGUGGUGGUAACGACGCACCAGGGCACCAAGUACACGGUCGACCUCUGUAUCGGCGCCGACGGCAUCAACAGCAUCGUGCGCAAAGUUCUCUUCCCCAAUGUGAGCCCAGAGCCACCAACGACCAACUGUGCCUACCGCGCAGUGGUCCCAUAUGAGCGCAUUCGCCAGGAUCCCGUUGCCAGCGAGCUCAUCCAGAAGCUGACCAUGGAGGUCUGGAUGGCAGAAAACUCAUAUAUCAUCACCUAUCCGAUCUCUGCGGGCAACGGGUUCAACCUGGUGCUUUCUCAUCAUCGCCCUGAGAAAUUGCGCACGACACAACUAGAUGUGCCCCUUGAGGAAAUGCGAGCAGCGUAUGCGGAUUAUGAUCCGCGAAUCAAGCGUAUCGUCGAUAUGAUCCCCGAGACGGGACGCUGGCCGUUGAUGGUCACCGGGCCGUUGGACUCGUGGUCCUCGCCCCAGAAGAACGUGGUGCUGAUGGGCGACGCGGCACAUUCCAUGGUCAACCAUAUGGCGCAGGGAGCAGCCACCUCGAUGGAGGACGGGGCGUUCUUGGCCAAGUGCGUCGAGGGAGUAGUUCAGGGAAAGCUCAGCCUGCGCGAGGCCAUCCACAUCUAUGAAACGGAGCGCAUGCCCAAAGCAUAUGCCAAACAGCAGCUGUCUUUCCUCAAUGGAGCUAUCUGGAUGUUGCCAGACGGACCGCUGCAAGAGGCGCGCGAUAAGGCGAUGGAGCCGGAAAUAGAAGGAAAAUACUUCGUACGCAGCAGUAACCUCUAUGGAGAUCCCCACUCGGUGCUGGACGUCUAUGGGUACGACGCCGAAGGGCAUGCAAAGGACGCAGUAGCACAGUUCCUCCAGGGAGGCAAAGAACCGGCACAUCCAGUCACCGGCGUCACACCUGGGAUACGGCGCAAGUACAUGGACUGGUUUCUGCCGCAACAGGGCCGGAAGACCGAUGAGAAGCUGUGA